UCUAGGACCGUCUGCUGGAAAUCUUGUCGAUUUCACAUAAGUCGAAGGACAAAUUUGAAGUUUGUUUGACGUUGUCAUUUAAUUUCUAAAUAUGUUUCUAUCAAGACAUUUUCGACUGACUUAUGUUCGAAAAGCUCUGGCGGUUUCGACAUCGUCAACAGUGAACAGAUUACAAGCAACAACAGUACGGACAUUAUCAUCCAGUCAAGAUAACCAAGUUUCAUUUGAUUGGCAAGAUGCUUUGAAUAUGGACAGUCAGCUGACGGAGGAGGAAAUCAUUGUGAGAAACCAGUUUCGGUCCUACUGCAACGAGAAAUUAAUGCCAAGAAUACUCGAGGCCAACAGAAAAGAAUAUUUUGAUCCUGCAAUAAUGCGUGAGAUGGGUGAACUAGGAGCGCUUGGUCCGACUAUUCAGGGAUAUGGAUGUGCAGGCCUCUCAUCUGUUGGAUAUGGGCUGUUGGCGAGAGAAUUGGAGAGAGUUGACAGUAGUUAUCGAUCAGCAAUGAGUGUUCAGUCUAGUCUUGUUAUGUGGCCAAUUUUUGCAUAUGGAACAGAAAAUCAGAAGCAAAAAUACAUUCCAAAACUUGCAAAGGGCGAACUGAUUGGCUGCUUUGGUUUAACAGAACCCAAUCAUGGAAGUGAUCCAGGAUCCAUGGAAACCACAGCCAAGUAUGAACUGUCUAAGAAGGCAUUUAUACUGAAUGGAACAAAAACAUGGAUCACCAGCUCUCCAAUAGCAGAUGUGUUUGUAGUGUGGGGAAAGUGUGACGUUGACAACAAUAGAAUUCGUGGCUUUAUUUUGGAGAAGGGAAUGAAAGGUCUCUCUGCUCCAAGAAUUGAAGGAAAGUUUUCUUUACGGGCCAGUAUUACUGGACAGAUAGUUAUGGAGGAUGUAGAAGUUCCUGAAGAUAACCUUCUACCAAAUGCCAGCGGUCUCGCGGGUCCAUUUGGUUGUCUGAAUAAUGCCAGGUUUGGGAUUGCCUGGGGUGCAUUGGGUGCUGCUGAGUUUUGUCUAGAAGCAGCCAGACAGUACACACUAGACAGAAAACAGUUUCACCGACCUUUGGCAAAAAAUCAGCUGAUACAAAAGAAAAUGGCCGAUAUGCUUACAGAAAUUACACUAGGUCUUCAUGCUUGUCUACAAGUUGGAAGGCUUAAAGAUCAGGGGAAAGUUGCUCCAGAAAUGAUAUCUAUGGUGAAAAGAAAUUCUUGCGGCAAAGCUUUAGAAAUUGCUCGGAUGGCAAGAGACAUGCUUGGUGGUAAUGGUAUAUCAGAUGAAUAUCACAUCAUCAGACACGUGAUGAACCUGGAGGCAGUCAACACAUAUGAAGGAACCCAUGAUAUUCAUGCAUUGAUUCUUGGGAGAGCUAUCACAGGAAUACAAGCAUUCACUGCUGACAACUAGCAUCAAAGACCUGCGAAUACCGCACAUUCUUGAAGCUAGUCCAUAAUAUAUUUAAACCAGUUUUCGAAUUUCAGUGAAUAAUACUAGGGUCUAUAUUUCAAGAAUGUAAUAAAAAUUGAAGAAAUAGUAUUUAAUAUAUAAAAACUAUUACCAGAGUGUAUUUCGGUAUCGUCAAUAUCAUAUAUUAGGAAUAAAAAUUAUAUUAUACGAGCCUCUGGCGAUCAUAAUACAUUAUUUUUAUUCCUAAUAUAUCAUAUUGACAAUACCUGAGGGUAAUAAUCUCUUUAUCAUAUAAUUUCAAACUUAAUACGUAUUUUGGUAAACUAUGCGCAACAUUAAUUCCAAUCAGCCAUUACUUUAUAUUCAAAUGAUGUAAGAAUAUGUGAUGCAGUGUCUUUUUGAAUGGAAAUGACAUCAUUUUGGAUAUCCUUACAUAAAAAUAAACUAGUGCUUAAAAUUGUUUAACGCUGGACAGUUUUCAGUGUAAAGUUGCUAUUGAAAUGUGUUUGUUUGACGACUAUAAAUGCAUAUGUCAGUUAUGGAGUGACCUCGAUUAAUUUACAUCUAAUUUGCAGUUAUCAAAUUCUGAAAGUAUGUGAUCAGAAAAAUAUCACAUACUUUGAUUACACUGGAUAUGCUAGCUAUUAUAUGACAAAAAGUAUUAUUCUUUGAUAUUGAAUAAGUGCUAUACUGUUAACCUCAUCCUUUAAUCACUUGACUUGUGGAAAGAACAGAAAUGUUUAAUUUGUUUAAAAUGUAGUCUUUAGUAUAAUCAUUCAUGGAGUGUUACUCCAAAUUAAAUGAAUCUCUGUGAUUGUUUUUGCCUCUAUCAUCUAGGAAAAUGUUGCUUCUAACCAAGAUGUUGUUUUUUAUUAUUAUCUGGUACAUUAUACAUUAAAGGGACAUUCCUGAUUUUGCUGUCAAUAUAAAGUUUUUUUCACCAGUGAAAUUACACUUUAAAUAAAUUUUCUAGUUUAAAACAUCAGUAUUGUGUGCUUCUGAUUAUCCUAGUGUUGGUAGGUUAAACUUCUUUUUAUUUCCUAAUAUAUAUUAUUUCACUAUUGGGAGAUUAAAUCUAGUUUGGAUUACUACAAAUGCUAAUUGAACAGAAAUACAUAGAGACCCCUGAUAUUCUAAACAACAAAAUACAUUAUAUACCAAUAUGUAAUAUCAGGUGUUAAAAAGGCUCCACUGGUUGGAACAUGUUACAAAAGCAGCAAACUUUGGACAGUCUCUUUAAUUGGAAACUUUUAAUUCUGUUAUGUGUUUAAAAUGGCAUUUGUUUAUCUGUUAUAAGAAAAUUAGUGAGGAUUAGUGCAGGGAACAUUUUGUUCUUAAAAUUUUGAUGAGCAAAAUUUCUAGUCAAUUGAAAAUUGAUUAGUGACUACUGUUUACGGUUUUAAAACUAGCAAUCUCAAAAAUAUGCGUAACGAAUCACAAUACAUUAGUAAACAAAAUGUUCCCUGUAGGGUAAAUAUUUAGUGUUCAUGCUUUGAUAUAAGUUAUAUAACAAUCAACCAGUCUUCCAAUGGCCUACCAAAAUCUGUGAUCAAAUAGUUGUCUAAACGUACAUUUAUACAUUGGAGUAAAAUGAUUGAUUAAUGAGUUGAGUUUUAGUAAAAUGUUAUACAUGUAAAUAAGUUUUGUUUUUAAACUUUGAAAAUGUAGAUUUUGUUUAAACGUUUUGCAAAUGGACACAUUAUACAAAUAUUUGUAAAUUGAUGUUUAAGUGCCAUUUAAGUAUAGAAAGCAAUGGAACACAGAAAAUUUUGUCCCUAAAUUACAACAAUCGAGCUUUGUAAAAUCAAUAUUGUGCCUGCUGCUUUAAACACUGAAUCGUUGUUUGCAGCAGUAUUUAUAAAUAGUUUGUAUUAUAUCAGAAUUGGUACAUGCAUGGAUGAUUUGUUUAGACCAUGUAUAUCUUUCAUAUUUUAUUCUUCUGAUUUGUGUAAAUGAACUACACUAUGUAAGACUUGUGGGUGGGGAGAAUGAAAGUAACCUACUCUAUCACAGACUACCAGUAUGUAAGAUUUAGCGGGGAAAGUGAAACCAUUUUGAUAAUAUAUUUUCUGAAUUAUUACAUACGUAAACUGUUUGCUAUCUUUUUGUGCAUUUCUUUAUACUAGUAUUUACUAUAUUGCUGUUUUGUGCUCUUAAUCAUGGGGACUGAAUAUAUUGGUGAGUGAAUGUGAUUAUUCAUUAUUCCGACAGUUUAAUAAUAUAUUUCAUACUUGUAAGUACAUGUAUAUUUACAUUUUAUCAUAUAGGAGAUUUCAUUUGUUGUGUCAAAAAUACUCAAGGGCAGCUAGCAGCAAAUUGAAAUUGAAGUGUAUAAUAAUGAUAAUGAUAAUAAUAAUAAAAAAAAGCAUAGCAAA